UGGCAUCGGGCAACAUUUCUAACAUGGCCGCAUGUUGAACGAAACGAUUUUCUUUACUGUUUGCCAAAUAAAAUAAUAUCGGCUUUUUGAGGGCGGAUUUAUGUUUUACGUAUAGCCGAAAAAACUAUAAUCUUUAUAAGAUAAACAACGACUGAUUCGCGAUGAUGCAUCACCCGAACAUGCAUCAUCAGCCGAUGUCGGGCCACCCACCACAGCACCUCGCGGGCCACCAGGCUAUGCCCGCGCAUCAUCAAAUGCCGCCCCAUCAAAUGCACAGGGAGAACAGGCACGUAACUUUAACUAGGAUGGCGAUGGGCCCUACGGGUGCUCACGGGCAGUCGCUGGGUGGGCUGGGCGCGCUCGGCGUGCAUCAACACCACGCGCCGCCUCGCGCUCAGCACGCCCAGCACUCGCAGCACGCGCCACACACUAUCCGCGCAAUGACCCAUCAUCCGCCUGCACAACACCACCCCAUACAGCCGAUGAAGCAAAUGCGGCGGCCGUACGCGGUGGGCAGUGGUAGCGCGCACCCUUACGGGCCCGGAGGCGUGAUGCCGCAGUACGCGGCGCCGCACCAGCAGCACCCGCAGCCCCCCGCGCAGCCCGCUAAUACCCCGCACACCCCACACACCCCGCAGACAGUGGCGACGCCGUCGGUGAACACAAACCAGGGCCCGCUCGGCUGCAGUCCUGGCCGGGAGGGCGGCGAGGAGAGCGCGCCCAUGGGGCCCGAGGCGGAGGCGGCCGACGCCCCCGCCCCCGCCGUUGCCCCGCUCGCCUCCGCCCCCGCCUCCACAGCCGCUGGCCCCGCCCCCACAGCUGCCGCGCCCGUCCCCGCCCCCGCCCCCGCCUCGCCCACCGCACAGGCCAACAGUAAAGAGAAAACACCAAUGUGCCUGGUCAAUGAGUUGGCCAGGUACAAUAAGAUUAAGCACCAAUACCGGCUCACGUCGGAGACUGGGCCCGCUCACAAGAAAGUAUUCACAGUAACACUCCGCCUGGGUGAGACUGAGGAAUACACAGCUGAGGGGUCAUCGAUAAAGCGCGCGCAGCAUGCGGCGGCGAGCGCGGCGCUGGCCGGCACCACGUUCCCGCCGCCGCCGCCGCGACUGCCGCCGCACGCGCCGCACGCCGCGCUGCACCGCCACGCCGGCGCGGUGAUGCCGACGGUGGAGCUGAACGCGCUGGCGAUGAAGCUGUGCCAGCCGGCCGUGUACACGCUGCUGCCGCCGCUGGGUGGGGCGCCACGUGCGCGCGCCCGCCCUCCGCCCUACCGCCUGCCGCCCGCCCUGCCCGCCCUACCCGCACUGCCCGCCCUGCCCGCCUACCCCCGCCUGCUCGGCCCGGGGCUGCUGUACAGGGUGCGCGUGUGCGUGGGAGGUCGCGCGUGGUUGGGCGAGGGCGCGACCCCGCAGGCGGCGCGGCAUGACGCGGCGGCGCGCGCGCUGCACGACCUGCGCCCGCACCCGCCGCCGCCGCCGCCCCCACCGCCAGAACACGACGUCGACAACGGAGAUGCGUGCUCUGACAUCGUGGGCUCGGAAGUGAAGUCCCCGGUGUCGCUGGUGCACGAGCUGGCCCUCAAGCGCAACCUCUCUGUGCAGUUCUCUGUCAAGUCAGAGCGCGGCCCGCCUCACAUGAGGGUGUUUGUGACGGUGUGCACGGUGGGUGAGAUGGAGACGGAGGGCGAGGGCAACGGCAAGAAGGUGUCGAAGCGCCGCGCGGCGGAGCGCAUGCUGGACGAGAUGCGGCGCCGCUGGCCGCCCGCUGCGAUGCGCGCGCGCCCCGCGCACGACCGCCGCCGCCCGCAGCCUGCCAAGAAGCGCCCAAGGAACCUCAUCAAGGAGAAUAGAUUCGGUUGUCCGAACGGUAGCGGCGCGGAGAGCGUGCCGGGCGGGGGCGCGGGCGGGGGUGCAGGCGGGGGCGCGGGCGCGGCGGCAGACAACCCCAUAUCCCGGCUGGCGCUGGCGCGGCACGCGGCGCGCGCGCGCUCGCCGCAGUACCGCGUGGUGGAGGAGCGCGGGGCGGCGCGCCGCAGGGAGUUCCUGGUGCAGUGCGACGCGCCGCCGCAUCGCGCCACGGGACUAGGACCUAAUAAGAAGACAGCCAAGCGACGCGCCGCACAUAAUGUGCUGUUAGCUAUGGAGAUGGCAAACGGUGGUGAAGCAGUCGCGCCCGCAGGGGACAACGUCAGUGCGAAUAACGCCUCCGACACAAAGACCAAUAUCGACAUCAAACGAAAGGAGAGUGAGCCGGUGGCGGGCAGUGUGGGGGGUGCAAGGGGCGCGGCGGGGGGUGCUGCGGGCGCGGGGGGCGAGGUGCGGCAGCCGGUGCCCGGCGUGCUCAUGAUGGACUACCACCAGCGCUCGGCGCAGACGCAGCACAAGGCCAAUGGCGUGUGCGAGUCGAGCGGCACGAGUUCAGGCGGCGCAGGCGGAGCCAUGGACCAGCUCAUGUAUCUAUCCCAACUCCUCGGCUUCACUGUAGAGUUCUCCGACUUCCCCAAGCGUAACCACGGCGAGUAUCUGUCGCUGGUGUCGCUGUCUACGGAGCCGCCGGUGAUGUGCCAUGGCGGCGGCGCCAGCACGGCCGCCUCGCACGAGCAGUGCGCCCGCGCCGCGCUGCGCUCCCUGCGCCUGCUCGGCCUCGAGCCCGCCGCCUCCGCCUCCACCUCCACCUCCACAUCACUAAACCAGACCUCCGCCGAUGCCAGGUUGCAGGGCAUGCCGGGCGCGGGCAGCAAGCCGGGCGUGCUCAACGGCCUCGCGGAGUGACGCCGCAAUACUACACAUAUGUGAAUAUCUCACCGCGAGGAAUUAUUGUUCGGGAUCUAUUCUAAUGUUCCCAGCUCUGAUAUAUUCACUCUUAUAACAUUCAUUCAUACAUUUCAUUUAACAAAAAGAUUUUUCGUUCAUCAAUAUUUUAUCGCGUACUUUUUUGGUAACGUCAUUUGUUUUUACAUUAUUGUCAUCACUUAAAGAUGUACGCUACCCUACUAGUUAUAAUGUAUUUAUAUUUGUACGAAAAAAAUAGGAUAGUUAAUUCGAAGUCAGCCAUUUUGUGCUAAAUAACGAAACGACAAACGAUAAAAAAGAGGCUGUGAAGACGAGCCAAAUAAUGUUUGUCCGGGACGCGGUGGCUCCGAACUCGUACGUACAUGUAUCUGUAGUACGCGACAUACACCAUGACUUAGAAAGAGAUAAGUUGGGUUUUGUAGAGCGUUGUCUCUGUCACACGAAGCAUCAGUCGCAGUGUGACAGAGAUAACACUCUACAAAGCAAACAUUUGGAUAUCGAACGGUUUACAAAGUGUUCGCGUAUUGUAUGAAUGAACUCACAGUAGGGAUGGGAAGUUGACGGUUUUGCUGCCAACGAAACUUGUUGUUAUUUGUUUUUUCAACUAGUUGGAUAAGUAUUUUGGUAAUCAUUAAUUUAAUGAAGGACAUGAAAACGGGCAGCGAUAAAAUAGCGACCAGUGACUGGGUGUGACAAAUUUUAUUAUUAUAGAUAUGACGGGAGAGGGGACGCAUAUUCCCCUCUUUCGUUGAUUAAAAGUAAGAAAUUGGUCGCUAAAAAAAUAGUUGAUUCAUGCGUUGAAUCAACACCCAUCCCUAGAUGAGUGCGCGUGCAUAUGCGGGGCGGAGCGCGGCGCGUUGCACCAUGCGGCCAUGGUGGGACUGUAGGUUAGCGUAGGACGGCGACGUCCUCGUCCCCGCAGCGGCGGCCGCGGCGAGGAGGACGCGCGCAUUUACAUUAUACUAAAAUAUUGUAAGUUUCCAUCCCCCAUCCCUCUGGACCCUGACCUAUGAAAUGGUAAUUUUAGUAUAACUUUAAGGUUAAACUUUCAACGGCGGUGCGUCUAUGAUUUCUGUUAUUUGGGAUAUAAAAUCUAUAAUUAUUUCAUCAUUACAUAUAUACAUUCCCCCCCCCCCCUUCCCGUUUCCAUAAGAAAGAAUGGUUUGUUUGUCAGUGUGAGACAACAAUAUUUUCAAAUUGUUUUUUUUUUGUAACUACGAUAUGCGUGUUAUUUUUUAAUUUCGAUACUUGUAUUCGGUACCUUGGUACCUUUAACAAUGUUUUAGGAUCAUCACAACUUUAUUUUUAUUCAAUAAAAUGCAAUUGACAUGGUACUCAUACAAUUCAAGUGUUUAUUUAUUUAACUUCGAUUGUCAAUUUAGAAAUUUAAUGAAAUGUAACCUAAUUUUAAUUCAAAUACGUUUUGUUGUGAUCGAAAGCUAUUGCUUUCUAUUGCAAAUAUUUGUGAACUGUUUGAAAAAAACUGCCAACAUAAUUGACAUCACAACUAUGUAUUAUUCUAGUAUAAACUAGGCUAAGGUUGCUUGUUUAUUUUACGAUAUUAUAUACUUUGUGUAUUUUAUCCAUUAACUAGUAUAUAAAUUUGCAUUAAGCCCGCUACAGACGUUCAGUUUUAAAUGAACAGUCCAACUGUUCAGUUUGUAGGGGGCUUUAUUAUGUACUGAUACAAUUGGUCGGUAAAGUAUGCGCCCGAUCAUUUGUACGAUAAAUGUAUGGAUUGUACAUUUCAUCGUAAUGGGUCAGAUUUACAUAAUUUUCAUUACUUAUUGGUAACAAUGUCGAUUUGUCUGCGCUUGCGACUAGAUCGCUCUUAAGUUAAAACUAAAUACAUGACUAAAGCGCGGAUAUAUUUGUCUCGUUUUUUUGUUAAAAAGGUUAUGGAGCAAUCCCAUUGUAACAAUUUCUUGAUGCUGUUGCACAAGAGUAACAACGCAUAAAGAAAUUAAAAUAUUGGAUAUAUUGAGAACGCCACAAGGGCAUUAGAAGUGUUUUAUUUAUUUUAUUGUAAGGAACUAAUAUUUCAUAUUAUAUUAUGGGUGAAACGAGUCCCAACUAAAGUUCGUGCUGUCAGCAUGUAUUGUAAGGAAUAAUAAAGAUUAAAAAACCUA